AUGAAUAAAAUUGUAAACAUAGAGACAAACAAAGAGAUAGCACGGGUCGAAAAACAGUUUGUAUCCUUUUGCUAGACUGGGAAGACAAUUUUGAAGUGGAAUUUUACCACUACCGCGGAGGAACGAAUAAUUGCCCUGAUGAGAGCUCUUUCGCCGGCUUAUGUUCGAAUUGGCGGUACUCGCAGCCACUAUGUAAUUUUUCAGUCUCGGGGAGAAGAAAAGAGAGAGCCUUUUGGGAAACAAACUUUGAUUAUUUCCGGCGAAGAUUAA